GAUGUGUAUGAUGCUCGGUAUUUAAUAAUUUUUUUUCGUGUGGUAAAUUUCAAAGCAUGGAACAACACAAAGCGGAACAUCACAUUGGGCACAAAAAUAGCGCGUUUCUUUCCGGAUCUUCUUGCCAUCCUUGUCGUAUUGGGAGCAGCAAAUUUUGCAGCGACCAGUUGGAUUCUGUUUCCCGGACGUUGCUGGUAUGCUCUUGGGGAAAUGUCUUCCAGACAGACGAAGAGGUGUGACAUCAUCGGAGCACGGACGACCUCGAAGAUGUUGCUGCCCUGGCUUGUGAUGCUUUUCCAGCAUUCUUUCAAUCAAUGCCAGUCUGAAGUUUAUAUGGCUCAUCGUGUGCUCAGGAUUAUCCUUCUUGAACAGGAUGUAGGAGUUCAGCACUGUAAUGUGUAGAAGAUGGUGAAAGAAUUUCUUAUACCAAACCUUGUGUCUUUUGCGCUCAGAUGGAUAAGAAGUAAGCAUUUGAUCAGCCGAGUCCACUGCUCCCAUAUUCUCGUUAUAAUCCACAAUGACACGUGGCCUUUUAGUUUUCUUUCCAUUUCUAUUGUUUACUUCAAUCACAGUAUCAUUGUGGAAUGUUGACAACAUUGUCACCUCCUUGCCGUCACACCAUUUCAGUGCCAUAAGUUCACCACAGAAUCUGGCUACAGUCGUCCCCUUUGCAAUCCUUUUUUUCAGAUCAUUUGGAAUCUGUUUUCUGUUCAAAUGAGCUGUCCCAACUGCAUCAGUCCUAUUUUGAUGUAAUUCUCUGAAAAGCAUGGGAGAUAUAUUAAAGUUAUCGAGGAAGACACAAUACCCUUGGCCAAGAAGGUCAUUGACCAAGGUAAGAACAAUGCGUGAUGAUUUCAGGCCAUCGGCUGAAUCUUUCAAAUUCAUGCCAGGCCCUGUGUGAACAAGCGCAUUCCACACAUAACCAGACUGACUUUCACAAAGUACAUAUAGCUUCAGACCAAAUCGUACUCGUUUUGUCGGGAGGUACUGCUUCAUAGCUAAUGGCCCCUUGAACAGCAUCAGUGAUUCAUCAACUGCAAUGUUUCUGUUUGGAGUAUAUACAGUUGAGAAUUUAUUUACAAGAAAGUCGAACACAGGUUUGAUCUUCUGCAAUGAAAUCUGGGCCUUUGAUUGACCAGCAGAUAUAGAAGAAUUGUUGACAAAAUGCAGGCACCGAAACAAAAGUAAAAAUCUUUCACCAGUCAUAAUUUGCCUGAGAUAAGGUGUAUCCAAAAGAGGCCUUGUUGACCAAAACAUCUCCAGCUCAGGUUUCUGCACAAUACCUUGCAGUAACAUUACUGCAAAAAAGACUUUGAGCUCGUCAUUGUCAGUGUCUUUCCAUUUAUCCAUUCGCGAAAAUCCUUUCGGACCCGGUGGCUUUGAAGCCAACAAGGCAGCUUGGGCAUUUGUUUCUCUAGUAAUUUUUGAAACUAAUUCCUCAGUAAAGAACAGUUCAAAAUACUGCAAUGGGUCAGUGAUAUCACUGACAUCGACUUUUCUGCCAGGUGUGCCGGUAAAGUCAUACCUUUGACGUGGAAUCAUAGCACGAGCUGACCAUUUCAUGGAGCGCCCUGAGUCACUUGAUGUAGAGCUCUUUCCAUCAGAUUCUAAAUGGGACAGAGGCCUGAUCUUAUCGUCUUCUAAAGCACUAUCCGAAAAAUUAUCAGAAUCAUCUAUUUCCGAAAAAUCAGAUUCAUCAAAUGAAUCUUCAGCCAACAACUGUUCGAGACCGGUAUUACUAUCACGCAUAGGAAUGCUACGUUUUCUAGGAUUUGACAUUUCAGCGAUCGAGAAUUACUAUAUUUUGUAGAUGGAAAUACCACUACUAAAAACAGAAUGCUAUAAAUAGAAUGAUGUCUUUUGUUUCAAAAGUCAAUAUACCAGAACCAUGCGAAAAUAACAGAAACGAGAUAUUUCGUGGCAAACUUUGGGAGUAAGGUUGGCACUGUAAUCCACGAGUUAUCUCGGCGUAAACGCUGCAGUCGCAGGCACAGCAGCGCGUAAUCUCGGGGCUAAGGAGAAAGGGGUUAAACGCACACAGACAGAAGAAGCCUUUCAUCUCAUACGUCUUGGGGAGUCUCUAGAAGUUUUUUGAAAGGUCUCUUCUGGAUGGUGUUUCUCCCGAAGCCAGUCUCGUCAUCUUUUACUCCCGUGAGGUCCUUGGCCUCCGUGGCUGCCGCAGCAACACACACUUGACUUUCACUUCAUGGGCAGUCCGCUUCAUAGGCACUUGACACAUGCUCUGUGCGCCGUCUUCCAAUCCAGAGUGCCGGGAGCUAAGGGCAGUACUUCCGCCUUACUUCCGCCUCGCUAGUCGAUCGGCCAUCAUCUCUUCCCUCUGGUUGGAUCCCACAGCUUAUGACAGAAACGGGCGCGCAGUGAUGACAACAUCAAGCCGCCAGCGGCGGCGGUGGCGGCCGGGAGACUGGGAGGGCUUCCGGGGCUGCCGGUCUGAGUGCAGAGCUGCUGUCAUGGCGGCCGCUCUGUGGGGCUUCUUUCCCGUCCUGCUGCUGCUGCUGCUAUCGGGGGAUGUCCAGAGCUCGGAGGUGCCCGGGGCUGCUGCUGAGGGAUCGGGAGGGAGUGGGGUCGGCAUAGGAGAUCGCUUCAAGAUUGAGGGGCGUGCAGUUGUUCCAGGGGUGAAGCCUCAGGACUGGAUCUCGGCGGCCCGAGUGCUGGUAGACGGAGAAGAGCACGUCGGUUUCCUUAAGACAGAUGGGAGUUUUGUGGUUCAUGAUAUACCUUCUGGAUCUUAUGUAGUGGAAGUUGUAUCUCCAGCUUACAGAUUUGAUCCCGUUCGAGUGGAUAUCACUUCGAAAGGAAAAAUGAGAGCAAGAUACGUGAAUUACAUCAAAACAUCAGAGGUUGUCAGACUGCCCUAUCCUCUCCAAAUGAAAUCUUCAGGUCCACCUUCUUACUUUAUUAAAAGGGAAUCGUGGGGCUGGACAGACUUUCUAAUGAACCCAAUGGUUAUGAUGAUGGUUCUUCCUUUAUUGAUAUUUGUGCUUCUGCCUAAAGUGGUCAACACAAGUGAUCCUGACAUGAGACGGGAAAUGGAGCAGUCAAUGAAUAUGCUGAAUUCCAACCAUGAGUUGCCUGAUGUUUCUGAGUUCAUGACAAGACUCUUCUCUUCAAAAUCAUCUGGCAAAUCUAGCAGCGGCAGCAGUAAAACAGGCAAAAGUGGGGCUGGCAAAAGGAGGUAGUCAGGCCGUCCAGAGCUGGCAUUUGCACAAACACGGCAACACUGGGUGGCAUCCAAGUCUUGGAAAACCGUGUGAAGCAACUACUGUAAACUUGAGUCAUCCCGACGUUGAUCUCUUACAACCGUGUAUGUUAACUUUUUAGCACAUGUUUUGUACUUGGUACACGAGAAAACCCAGCUUUCAUCUUUUGUCUGUAUGAGGUCAAUAUUGAUGUCACUGAAUUAAUUACAGUGUCCUAUAGAAAAUGCCAUUAAUAAAUUAUAUGAACUACUAUACAUUAUGUAUAUUAAUUAAAACAUCUUAAUCCAGAAAUCAAA